GUCCCAGUCUCAGUGUCAGUCUCAGACUCAGCAGAGCAGAACGGAGUAGCUCAUUUCGACUGUCUUUGCUGCAUCAUGACUCUUAUUGGUUCCGCACUCCUUUCGCUGCUCGCCCUCGCGGCAGGCGCUGCAGCCGCGCCGGCAGCUGACAGCAGCAAAGCCAAGCCGGCUGAUUACAUCCUCGUUGGUGGAGGACCUGCAGGCUUUGUGCUCGCCGAGUAUCUGACCCGGGACCCCAAGGUCAAGGUGGUUCUCCUCGAGGCCGGGGCUGAUGCCAGCACCAACCCGGCAGUCACAACCCCCGGCCAGUUCUUCUUUACUCAGGAGUGGAUGUGGCCCUACUUCUCGCAGCCCGACCCCAACCUCAAUGGCCUGACCCCCAACCUGGUGCAAGGCCGAGCCCUGGGCGGCGGAACUGCCGUCAAUGCCAUGCUGUACUGCAGAGGCGCCGCUUCCGUCUUUGACGAAUGGGCAGAGAUCUCUGGAAACAAGGGCCUGAAAUGGAACUCCAUGCUGCAGUCCUUCAAGGCAACCACCCACUGGCAAGGCGACCCCGACAUCCAGUACAACCAGCCGCUCAACACCAGCUCAUUCGGCAACGGUCCCUUGGAAAUCAGCCGGCAGCGCGAGCUGCUCACCUUCGACAAGCCAUUCGCAGACAAGCUUGCAGACACAUUCCAACUUCCCCAGAUCGACUUCGCUUCCGGCGGCGGCAUCGGCGUCUCCCAAGGAAUCGAAUCAAUCCGUGCCUCCAACGCCACCCGAUCCGAUGCGUACAACACCUUUGGAUAUCUAGCCAACACCCGGCCCAACUUCGAGCUCCACCACGAUGCCUGGGUCUCCAAGAUCGGCUUCACCGGCAAGACAGCCGACCGGGUGACCUACAACGACACCCUGACCGGCACGAUGCACACCAUCCGCGGCAGUGAGAUCGUCGUCACGGCGGGCGCAAUCAACAGCCCGCAGCUGCUCAUGCUUUCGGGCGUGGGCCCGGCAGCUCGCCUCCGCCAGCUCGGCAUCCCCGUCGUCAAGGACUUCCCGGAGGUCGGCCAGAACCUGAUUGACCACCACUACGCCGUGCUGCAGUACGAAGCCAAGCAAGAAGUCGACAGCUUCUGGCAGCUGUACUCCAACUCGACGCGAUCGGCCAUCGAGCAGGCUCGCUACGCCCAGAACGGCGACGGGCUGCUGGGCAACAUCUGCGGCGACGUGUUCGGGGCGUUCCGGCUACCGGACUCGGUCUUCGCGGGCAAGGGCAACUUCCACAAGAAGCUGCCGGCGGACCGGCCGCACAUGAUCUACGAGUACUUUGCCGGGCCCUUCCUCGAGAACAGCCCCGACGUCAGCAUCCUGUCGGCAUUCGCGGCCGUGGUGCAGCCCGAGAGCAAAGGGUACCUGACGCUCGCGUCGGCCGACUACCGCGACGCGCCGCUCAUCCACUCCAACUACUGGGGCACGGCGGCCGACAAGGCGGCCAUCAUCCACGGGUACAAGAAGCUGCGCGACCUGAUGCGGUCGCCCGAGCUGGGCCGCUACACGGUGCGUGAGCUGUUCCCCGGCGACCAAGCCGUCAGUGACGAGGCUAUCUGGGAGGCCAUCCAGCAGAGCUCGUCCAGCUGGCAUCAUCCCGUUGGCACGACGGCGUUGGGCAAGGUGCUGGAUGCUAACUGGAGGGUCAAGGGACUCAAGGGGCUGCGUGUUGUAGGCACGAGUUCGGUGCCGAAGAUUACCACGUGUGCUACCCAGGCUACCGCGUAUGCCAUUGGUCAUCGCGCUGCGCUGGAUAUCGCUGCUGCUGAUCGUGUCUGUAAGAAAUAAGAGGUGUAAGGUGGG